AUGGAUGCGCGGAGUGAUCACAGGAUGGCUACACCACCAGCUACAUAUGGCAAUGGUCACUCCAAUUCCACAACUCCUCACAAUCCAAGCAUGUCUCCCUUUGGGAGUCCGACUCCGAAGAGUGUCGCAUUUGAGCUCCUCUUCCCCGAAUCCCCCCAGUACCGUGCGCGCCUCCCUAUGAGAGUGCAAAUUUUCCCUCACGAUACUACCGAUUCAAUCAUCACCACCGUCAAGAACUUCUAUGGGCUGUACGCUGGUCCAGGUGGUGCCAAAGGAGUGAGUUUUGAGGAUGAGCAGGGGAACACCCUCAUCGCUCGCUAUGAGAAUCUCCGAAACAAUAUGGUAGUUUAUGUCAGAGUUAUCGAAGAGGCUGCUCCUCCACCAGGUGCAUAUGGCCCAUCUUCAUACCACUCAGGAUCUCCUAUCCUCCCGGCAGCUGCCAAUUACUAUCCCGGCGAUGGUCACCAUAUGCCACCACCGCAACCAGCACAGGCACUCAGUUAUGGUCAACCCCCAUCGAGACCAACGUCAAGAACGUCUCGAUUGCGCAGCGCAUCACCUGGCCAAGGCCGUGGACGCCGAAGUGCAUCUGCCAGCACGAAUCCACCUCCUAUGAAAAAGAGCCGGUCGCGCUCUGGUUUCAAGAGUCGUGGAUCGAGCGCCCAUGGCAGCUUUACAGAUAAUCACAGCGAUGGCAUGAAUGGGUACAGCAGUGGGGAUGGAGCACCUGGCUCAGUUUCCAGCAGGACCAAGAGUGAACAUCUUGGUAACACCGAGAUUAGCUUGGACAAUAUUGUUGAGGGCGGGAGACGAAAGAGGGCCAAAUUCGAAAGCUCCGAAUUGCCCUUGUUCGCUCCUCCCCAGAUGCCUGCAGCGACUUCGAACUCCUCUGUGUCUCCAGCUCGUCGCAAUGAGCACCAUCGCUCAGCCUUCCCUUUCACCAACCCAUCACAACAUCCAUUCUCGAACCCCCAACCACUACACUCCCCACAAAGCUAUAGCAAUGGAUUUGGUCAGCCGGGGAUGUAUACUACACCGGCUCCUCAAGGUCGUCGCACUCGCGGCGGUGCUGUGUAUCCUACCAAUCGUCAAUCAAUUGGCAGCACACCAAAUGGCAAUAGCUCAGGCAUACUCCCAACUCCCGAUCCAACAGUUGGCAGUUGCAUGUCGGAGGAAGACAAAGAUGUUGCGCUACAAUUGAUGAGAUUGGGAGAAAUGUCAAACAUCUCCCACGGUCGCACAUCUGCUUCCACGCUUGAUGAUACAUUCAGCGGCCGAGCAGAUGCUGCUUCUUCUACUGGGGCAACAAGUGAGGGAGAGAGCGAGAGUGAGGAUGAAUUGCCACCUCCUCGGCGCCAGAAGCGUGAAGCAAGCCCAAUCUUGCCACCAGGACAUGUCAAGAAAUUUCGCCAGCAUCUGGAUGAUAUCUUGCCAAGCCAAGACAGCACCGAGCCUAGUGGAGAUGAGGCUGAUGGCGAAGACGGCCGUGAUGAGACUUUCAAGCCUGCUUUCAAAGAUGAUGCUAUGGAGCUUGAUCAGAACAAACCAAAGAUGCUCAAGUCCAAGAGCCUCCCCACCGUCAUGGGCAAGCCCCGUACCAGCGCUUCUGAAGCCAAAGUCAGGUCAAGCAAAUUGAAGACUCAAAGACCAACUCAGAUUAGGUCAAAGAAGUCAAUCAGUGCUCCUAGCAGCGCUAAGCCAAUUUCUCCCACCUCUCUGCCACCUCAGUCUCGGAAGACGUCCAAUGCAUCUGCGUUGGCAUUCCAGCAUCAACUCGGUGAGGAUGAAGAGGACCUUUCCUCCAAACCCCGCUGCCAGCGAUGUCGCAAGAGUAAGAAAGGUUGCGACCGUCAACGCCCAUGUCAACGAUGCAAAGACGCUGGUCUGAGUGCAGAUCAAUGUGUCAGCGAGGAUGAAGGAAAUGGUCGCAAGGGCCGUUAUGGACGCCACAUGGGUGUACCGGUGAAGAAGGACGAAUUGUCUGUGGACACAAGCAUUCUGCCUCCGAUGGUGGCAGCUGGCGGUCAGAGCAGCCCAGAUAAGAGCAAGAAGAGAAAACGGUAG